CCUGCCCCCGCAUGGAGGGGACCCCGGAGGGCUCGGCGCCCGACCUGCGGGACGUGGAGGGCAAGGUGGGUCGGAAGACUCCCGAGGGGCUGCUCCGCAGCUUGCGGGGCGAGGGAGAGCCAGUGUCCGCGCUGCUGCAGCCUCCCCGAGGGACGCCAGAAGCCGGCCACGGCCUCGGUCUGGGAGACAAGGUCACGGCGCUGAGGCUGGAGCUGGCUUACCUUCGAGCCAUCGAUGUGAAGAUCUUGCAGCAGCUUGUCACGGUGAACGAAGGCAUUGAGGCAGUCCGCUGGCUGCUGGAAGAGCGAGGGGCCCUGGCUAGCCGCUGCAGCAGCCUCACUAGCAGCCAGUACAGCUUGACAGGGGGCAGCCCAGGAAUCUGCUCCCACCGGGGCAGCUGGGAGAGCCUGCCCGACCCCACUCCUACCACCACCACAGCUGCAGCUGUCGACCGGCUGGACAGCGUCUCCAUCGGCAGCUACCUGGACACACUGGCCUCAGGGGCUGAGCCCGAUGACGAGGGGCUCUCCGAGGCUGGCCCCCAACAUCCUCCGCCUGGCAUGACCUGGGCAAAAGCUCCUCCCUCAGAGGAGAGGUCCUGGAUAGAGGCUGACACAUCAUCGGGGGCCAGGUCUAGGCGGAAGCCUCCCGGAGAGGAGGUCCUUGAGGAUGCCAGGUCUGGCCUCAGCUAUGGGGCCCACUGGUACUGGGGACAGUGUCAGGAUGAUGUGACAUUCUUGUAGCUGCAGCCCCAGGCUUCUCAUCUCCUACAAUCCAUCCCCUUCCUUUCAUUCUCUGAAAUGAGGAGACAGUAUGGUUUCAAAGGUCACUUCUAGCUUUAAAUUUAAGAUCUGAAGGUCUGGAGGAAGAGAUUGGAAACUAGGCCCCAAGAUGUUCCUCAGGUCAGCCUUCCUCUCCCCCAGCUCUUCCCUCACGAGAGGUACUGUCUCUUAUGUCCUGUCCUCCUGCUUCAAGAAGUCAGCCAGAUGGCAACAUUUGCCUAGUGAGGGCCCUGCUUGAUUUAGGGGAGGCUGGUGGAUUGGGUGCCAGAGAUGGGUUAACGUUGCCCCCCUUCCAAGCUAGACUCCCCCAGCUAUUAGGUUGGGGGUGGGAGGAGCCAUUCUGGAAGCUCCUCCCCAUUCUCUACAAAGUCACCUAGAGUGCUGGGUGGUAACUCACCCCUUCCCUGCAUCAGGGAUAGUAUCCUGUCUAUGGAGGAUGCGGGAGGCCACCUCCCAAACCCACCACCUAGGGGCUAUAUCUUCCCAUUGACUGUAGGAUUGGGACACCUGACUGGGUCAAUAUCACUUCCUGGUGGCCAAGCUUCUCCUUGUCCCUUCCUGGGAGUGAUAGGCCCCUGCCUCCCAUGGGCUCCCAAAACUUUCUGUCAGCAGGAGCCUCAUUUCCUCCUGGUCUCAACCUCACCAGCAGAUGGGGAGGAAUCUCGUGCUGGUAUUCUUCUCUUGCCCACAGUGGGGAGGAGGUGCAGGAUUCUGUCUCAGCGGCUAAGCCUGGCCUAACUGACUCUCCUCUUCUCCUGCCACCCCCCCACACACCAUUUGUAUGCCAAUUCAUGACCCUUGGUCUCUCUGUCCAGUCUCAGUGCCAUGGGGCUUGAGCCUCAGGGUGGGGGGAGGGAGGGUUAGGUUAUCUGAGGAGA